AUGGACUCUCAAGAUCAUCUAAACUCUGUCCUUGGGUUUAGGGCUGGCUUGCCCAAAUGUGUGGCUGACCCUCAUGUGUUGCAGGUUAACUUGGACACGGGAUACAACUGCAGGUUUGAUGACUUCUUCAAAGUUGUCACAGUUGGCUGCUGCCUAGGAUUUGGUCUUAUUCUCUUCCUCUCACAUGGAGAGAUCCAGGAUGCAAAGUUAGACUGUCUUCUUCCUACCUAUUGUUUAUUGACUUAUGUUUACCACAUUGAACUGAUUGGGAGCACCAUUGAUGAACCUGAUGUCAUUGAAUCCCUGCUGCCCAGAAGGAAGGGGGGUGCCUUCACUUUGGAAGAAGUAUAUGCAGGAAAUUUUGUGGAAGUAGUUCGGAACAAACCUGUGGCAAGGCAGGCUCCGGGCAAACGAAAAUGCAACUGCCGGCAAGAGAUGUGGACUACCCAGCUGGGCCAUGGGCGUUUCCAGAUGACCCAGGAGGUGGUCUGUGAUGAGUGCCCUAACGUCAAACUAGUGAAUGAAGAACGAACACUGGAGGUAGAAAUAGAACGUGGGGUGAGAGAUGGCAUGGAGUACCCCUUUAUUGGAGAAGGUGAGCCUCAUGUGGAUGGAGAGCCAGGGGACCUACGGUUCCAAAUCAAAGUUGUCAAACACCCAAUAUUCGAAAGGAGAGGAGAUGAUUUAUACAAAAAUGUGACAAUCUCACUAGUAGAGUCUCUGGUGGGCUUUGAUAUGGAUAUUACUCACUUGGAUGGCCACAAGGUACAUAUUUCCCGGGAUAAGAUCACCAGACCAGGAGCCAAGCUAUGGAAGAAAGGAGAAGGGCUCCCCAACUUUGACAACAACAACAUCAAGGGCUCUUUGAUAAUCACUUUUGAUGUGGAUUUUCCAAAAGAACAAUUAACAGAGGAAGCAAGAGAAGGCAUCAAACAGCUACUGAACCAAAGAUCAGUGCAGAAGGUAUACAAUGGACUGCAAGGGUAUUAA